AUGGUUUCUUUCAAGCGGAACAAACGAAACAGGUUAUGCUUGAAUGUGACUAUUUGCGAGGCUGCAAAUUUGGUGGAACAGUCUUUGUUUUCCAAAGACAUUUUGAACAUGAGUCCAAAGUGCCAUCUAACACUGCCUCCUUCAGCCUCAUCUAAAACUCGCAAGGCUAAAGACCCAAUGAGCCCCCAUUGGAACACCACUUGUCGGUUACGUUUGAAAUCACCUCCAUUGAAGGUGACUGACAAAGAACUUCAAAGGCUACCUCCAGCCGCAUUUUUGAUAUUAACAAUACAAAUUGUGAACAAUAAAGGAUCAAAUCGAACAUAUCUUGGCGAAUUGAGAAUCGCGGUGUUGGAUCUAUUGACCCAGCUUAGAGCCAAUGCUGAGAUAGGACCCAAAUGGUACAAACUGUAUUCAUCAGAGCACGAGCAUACUUUUGUUACUGGGUCCAUCAAGUGUAAGUUUAGCUUGACUUCUCGCAGAAGAAAGUCCAGAACUCAACGUGUUGGUCCAGAAAUUGUGGUCCAACCCGAAAGCGGACCAACUGAGGUCUAUAGCGAGGAGGAAUACGAUGAAUCCGAUGAUGAAAUUAACCAAGACCAGGAUCUUAGCUCGAAAUCCGGAUUAAUUCCAGUUGAGAACGAAGACCUAGACACUUACAUUGAGCAAUUGCGACAAUUUCGUGACUUGUUGAUUGCAUAUGGCAAAAAUCCAUCGAGCUUAAUCACGAUUAACGAACAGAACUUCUACUCAGAUAUACCUGCUUUGGCCGACAGCCAGGGAGCAAGUCCGUUUGGUGAGGAGGUGGUUGAGGAGGAAUCGAGUGAUGAAGAGAACAAGGAGCCAUCGUUCUACAAAACGGCGAAUAUUUCUACCGAGUCCAUUGGCUCAUUAGUCUCUUCCACAGAUGAAAUGACCAAUUAUACAUCAGCAUCGCUUUCGGACAUGCCAUUGACCCCGCCAACAUCAUCGUCAUUGACAUCACAAAGAAGGCGUCGCUUUGGCAAGAUACGAAGAAAGCUACCAGAAGCGCAUUACGAAUUCUCCACGCAGAAAAACUUUGUGGGGAUGCUAUUUAUUGAGAUCAUAUCAGCCAGCGGGCUUCCUCCAAUGCACAACACUACCCGCACAGGCUAUGACAUGGAUCCAUUUGUGGUUAUAUCAUUUGGAACCAAAGUCUAUCGAACCUCAUGGAGAAAACAUACCCUGAACCCUAUUUUCAACGAGCGAUUGGCUUUUGAAGUGCUCGAGAACGAAAAAACAUUCAACAUCAAUUUCAACAUCCUGGACAAAGAUUAUUGGUCGUUAAACGAUCCUGUUUGUGAAGUUUCGAUUCCUAUUCGAAGAUUGAUAAGCUCUCCCAGCUCUUCAACUGAUAUGAAGGUGGUUGAGAGAGAAGAAGAGGAGAAUUUGAUUUACAGACGGAAACUCUUCGGAAGAAAUCCAAAGAAAAACGUCAGUAGCACUUACGAUGGAAGCCUUAAAACAUUGGAGGUGAAAAUGAAUUUGGAUCCUCGUAAAACAGAUAGAUAUACCAAGAUUGAAAAGGUUGAUCCAAAGUUGAAGAUUAGAGUCAGGUUUGAGUCCUAUGCUCAGUUGAGACGUCAGUUAUUCAUUUUUCUACUGAAAGAGUUCCAAGUUGAUGGAUCAUCAGAGCUGGAUAUAAUCGAGUUGGAGUCAUUUUUGGAUUCUCUUGGGUCCAAUUUGAGCGAAGAAGAUCUUGUUGAAUUCUUCGAUAGAAAUGGAAAGAAGGCAUGGCAUGGCCAGAAACUAACUUUUGACGAAAUUUCGGAUGAAUUCGAAAGAAUAUUCGAGCGCAAGCAACAGUCUCCUUCCUCUCAGGGCACACACAUAAUACAGAUUGCUAGGUGUCCAUCAUGUCUAAAGAGAGCACGUGCUCAUGAUGAUGUGGACAUAAUCAAACACCUGGCAAUUUGUUGUUCUCAAGACUGGUCAUCUGUGACGCGAAUUUUAAAACCAUCGUUCACGACUCCAUCUUCGGCCUCACGAAGAUGGUACACCAAGGCACUCAUCAAGAUAGCAUACGGAAAGAUUGAGCUGGGGAAGAAUAAUGCCAACAUUCUGGUUCAAGACAGAGAUUCUGGUCUGAUAAUUGAAGAAAAGAUGAACUUCUACGUGAGAUUGGGCAUUAGGUUGCUUUAUAGAUCUUUCAAGGGAAAGAGAAACAGUGAGAGAAUCAAAAGAAUUUUGAAGAACUUGAGUGUGAAGCAAGGGAGCAAGUUUGAUAAUCCUGCUUCGAAAUCCAAGAUCGAGUCCUUUAUCAAGUUUCACAGCUUGGACCUCACUGACUGUCUGAUUCAGGAUGUCACACAGUAUUCCAGCUUUAAUGAUUUCUUCUACAGAAAGCUGAAGCCAGAUGCUCGUCCUUUGGAAGGAUCCAGCGACAAAUAUGCCGUCAGCGGAGCGGACUGCAGAUGCUGCGUAUUCCCAUCAAUUGAGGAUUCCCGGAAAAUAUGGAUCAAGGGUAAAGACUUCACAGUGGAGAAGCUUUUGGGACCCAAAUUCUCUGCUGAGCCGUAUGCUAAUGGAUCAAUUGUGAUUUUCAGACUAGCUCCACAAGAUUAUCACAGGUUCCACAGCUCCAUUUCCGGAACAAUAACCAAGAUUGAACAGAUUUCAGGAGAAUACUACACUGUCAAUCCUAUGGCUAUUAGAUCCAGACUUGAUGUGUACGGCGAGAACACCCGUGUUAAUGUCGAAAUCAGCUCUCCAGAGUUUGGCAAAGUGAUCAUGAGCUGUGUGGGUGCGAUGAUGGUCGGAUCGAUUAUUCUCACUUGCAAAGUUGGUGACUCUAUUAGACGAGGAGACGAAGUUGGAUAUUUCAAGUUUGGUGGAUCUACUGUUCUCUUAUUGUUUGAGAAAGACCGGAUUGUGUUAGACUCUGAUCUGGUUUCCAAUUCCAAAAAUUCGAUAGAGACUCUGAUCAGGGUGGGGAUGUCGAUUGGUCAUGUUCCUCAAGUUGCCGAAUUCAAGCGUGAGCAUACUGACUUGGAGAAAGAGCCUGAAGAGACUAGAUUGAAGAUCAUCAGAACAUUGACUGGACGGCCAAUAGACGAGAGCUCAGAGAAUAUCAACAGCUGGGAGGUCCAGAACCUGGAUUUGGAUGAUGCUGUGAGUGUUGAGCUGGAAGACGAAGGGUCAGAGUCUAGUUCGUAA